GAGCUGUUUGGCGAAGAUUAUAUUUCAGGAGACGAAGGAGAAGGAGAUGCUGCUCUACAACUUGGAGCUGAGUCCGCUGCUUCUAAAGCAGCAGGUGCACCAGCAUUCUCGGCUGCCGUUCCUGGUCCUGCCGCAAGCAAAGCAGAGCUCAAAAAGCCGAUCCAGGAGUCUCGGCAAUUGGUAAAGCCGCCAUUGCGUAAGUUUGGAACCACGACGUCUACGUCAGGAGACGAGCCUGAACAUCCUCAGAAUUUCUACAUCCUAUCGGAGUUGUACCGCUACCAGAACGAGUUCAAAAAGCGGUUUGGCUACGCUCCUAUGAUUCCCGAAGAGCACGCCGCUAGGUAUUUCACAGCAUGGCUCCUACACGUUAGGGAUUUCGUCUUUGAGCCUUUUGACGAAGGGACCUUGCAAAGAGUGCAGAGAGUUGUGACAUCUACUUCACAGCUAGAUGAAGAUGCGGACGCGGUUGCGGACGAAUCACCUUCUGUGGGAGAUGAGGAUGUUGAGACACCUGUAGGUGGAGCUAUGGAGGGAGGAGCACGUAGUAGAGUACACGGUGCAGAAGACGGUGCAGGUGCUACUAGUAAAAGAGGUCGUGACCUGGUGCUCAACCUAUACGCGCAUAACGGCCGCUCUUUUGAUUACCCAAUUGUCAGAGCACUCGUUGACAGGCAUGUGAUGGAAGCAAAGGCUCCUCGUCUUGUCGCUACCUCUGAGGAGGGUGCAGAGAGAGCAUUGGGGAAAGCUAAGACCGCAGCGGAGACGAAAGGUGCACCUGCAGAGAAAUUCACUUUUCCUGUCGCCAACAGUCGCUUCCAACCGGCCUACACCUUGGAAGAUGCGAAGCAGAUUGGUCUUGUUGCUCCUUGUCCUUCCGCAUUCACGGUUCUUGACGCGGACCCACAGAACGCUGCAGGAGAACAUGCUUUCGCCGACGCCAAAUAUGAACGAAAAGAGUAUCCUGUCUAUGCCAUAGCGAACAAGAAAAAUGGACUACCUCCUGCUGGAAAACGCCAAGAAAAGCCGAAACGUGUGCAAGAACUUUUUGUUGCCAGACCUCGGUCCUCCACCGCAGGAGAGGCACUACCACAGCCCUCUUCGGCAAAGUCCGAAGAACCACAACUACCAAGCCAAGAGAAGCUCAUUGAGUGCGGUCUCCGCGACACUCUCGACAUCUUCAGAGCCAAGCUAGCUUCCGCUUUCAAUGGUGAAUUUCGCUUAGGUCUCCGCAAACCAAAUGUCUUGCCGGUUUUGGGUUCGAGCAUGAAAAAAUUGAGGAAGCAAUACGAUAUUUUGAGACAAAGGGUGUUGGAAGAUCAGGAUCUACUGCACAAAAAUCCCUUGUUCGUAAAAACCGCAGCUAUGAAUUUCAGAGAGAAAACUUGGGCUCAACUUGGGCUCUCUGAGAAAACGAAAGACCAAAAAACGAAAGACGAAGUAUUAGAAGACACGAUGGACGAUUUCGACAGCUUUUUCUCGAAGAUGAAGAAAUAUUCUUCAUCCGGGAGUAAGACAAGAGUGCAUGCUGGAGAUGAUGAAGUAGAAGCAGCUGACGUUGAUGGCACGGAGCGCAAAUAUCCGAAAUGGCUUUCCGGCAUUCGUUUCUUACCUGAGGAGGAGUACAAAAAACUCACACCGACUGUCCGAUUGGAUGUGGGCAUGGACGACUGCGUUCCCUACACCCCUGUGCGGCAGAAUGGUGAGCCUGAAAUUGAUCAGGAUUUGAUCAAGGAACAACAAGGAUUGGUACAAGAAGUGGAAGUAUUUGACCAGGCGAUUCGUAAGAAUUUGCUGGUGCUGAAGCAUCAAAGUCGGGCUGGGCAGAUGUCCUUCGCGGAGGGAGACUUUGUCAAAGCGUUCGGUGAUCCACCAAACAGUGUGGAGUUCAUCUGGCCCUAUCAGCACACUGCUUUUGCGGACAGCUUAGCUCUGUCUCAGGUCUUCCAGCUGAUGAUCUUGCAGGGCAGAAAACCGAGACCGGGAAGUGGCGGGAAAAGACGAGGAGAGGUGGCAGGUGAAAGCUUAGGGUCUGAUGGAGUUGGAGUGGAGCAGGAGGGAGCAACUGCUGCUUCUGGAAGUGCUGGGGCAGCGUCUUCUGGAAGUGCGGGGGCAGCGUCUUCUGGAAGUGCUGGGGCAGCGUCUUCUGGAAGUGCUGGGGCAGCGUCUUCUGGAAGCGUUUCUGUAGGAGCCUCAGCUAGUUUGAAUUCUAGCAUUGGGAGCGAAGACUUGAAAACAAAAUUGGGUCCCGAAGGGCAGAGACUGUUCCACAGGCAGCUAACGGGAAAUAAUCUGUUUAAGCCUCCCGAAUCGCUUGCACAAGCAAAAGAGAGGGAGGAGAAAUGGCUCAAAAAACAGGUGACAAAAAUGACUGAUGAAGAGAAAGCGAAAUUUCUAGCCACAGAAGCAGAGAAAAAGCGAACGGACCAGCUUAAAGUCAACGACGCUUUAAGGGCACAAAUAGUCGCAAAAUUGAGAAGCGACCUAGCCGACAAACUUUUCGAGGAGGCUAUGAAAAAACUAAAGCCACUUCCAUAAUAGGUGUGAGUACCACCAUAAUACCCGGUAUAGGAAUGAAUGCCACCAUCUACUAGGUAUUGGAGUAGCACCAUAAUAGGCGUGAGUACCACUAUAAAAGGGAUAAGAAUUACAAUUACUUACUCAAGAAGAACAAGAACAGCAUACGCGUACCAUAAUAGGUACUUCUAUCUAAAUUAAGAUUACUGAAGAACGACUACAUUACAGGGAACGGCAAUGUUGGCAGCUAGUGAAAUGUUGGCGCAAUAAUGGUUUUCUUUGGUCCAUCAACUUCAACAUCCAGUUCAUACAAGAAUUGGAAUUGCUAAUUAAGAUUGAAGAAGAAGAACAAAAACAACUACGACCAAUGAUCAUGAACAGGUAAAAACAUCGUGCAAGGACUAUAUUUAUUCUUUGGGGGUGGAUCUGUCAUAGCUAGUUAGUGUUAGUCUCAUUAUUUCAUCUUCAAGGGCGCGAUAACGCGGAGCGGUCGACCGCUUCGUGUUGCACUACAUCUGGACCACUUCAGGUUCGAGUGCACCAUCUGGGACAACUAGGACAGCUCUCUAUACCCUAUGAUUUACCCGAAAUAUGUUGAUCAGCGAACAAUUAACGAAAAACGUUUUUUUUUCGACACAUCAUUCACGACGAAAGCUGCAUUGACUUAAAUAUUGGAGCUUUUUAUGUUGUAAGUAAUCAAUCAAUGAUGUACAGACACAUAGCUGUAGCAACUCGACCAAGAGGAGGUUCUCUACUACCAAAAACCUUUGCGAGGAGGAGACAAGGGAAGGGACAUCUCCUCUUCCUAUGCCCAGACUGUGUGCAGGUUCGUAGCGAAUAGAGUGAUAGAGGGGUUUAUAUAUGCCCCGCCUGUCGCCGGUUUGCGAACUGGGUAAAGCUCAGGAAAUUUUUUCAAGCUUAUCGGCAUUACAAAAAAAAUGCAAGUCAAGCCAGGAAACUCUUCAUCUAAAUCUUAAG